GCACACAGCCUUACAGGCUUCUGCAGGAUUCUCUCACACUCUGAGAGCACUAGCAGUCCAAGUUACACUUCUUCUGACACCAUGUUUUGUUCAUAUGUUUGUAAAUCCAGUCAUCAGGACACAGAGACAUCACUACAGGUCAACUGACCUGAAGAGUGAUUCAACAUUGUUGCAACAACGUAAAACAAAAUAACCCAAGUGAACAGCAGAGAUCGAUCUGGAGACAUGACUACAUCUUCUACCUCUCUGCAUGUGACAGGCUGCUGAUUCCCGCCGGUAAGGACUCACUUGGGACAUGUCUUGGUGUCUUUAUUCCAAACAGCUUUAAGGAAUGGGGAUCACCUUGUAAGGUAACUGACCUACGACUGGUGCAACAUAAAUUGAGUUUUCAUCCUCCAGAACUUAUUUGCAUAUCCCGAAUAAUAGUAAUAUGGAGCAGAUGGACUUUGUGGCAAGUUGGAAUUCUCACUUCAGGCUUGGACAUCUAUGUUCUGCUUCCCGGAUGUACCUACACUAGAUUGCUCCAGGUUUUAAUUUUUUGCCCCUUCUGCCGGAGUAGUGGUAGGAACUUGGGUAUGGCUGUUCACACCCUAACAGGAUUUUCUCUGGUCAGCUUGUUAAGCUUUGGUUACAUGUCCUGGGAUUGGAUGAAGCCUUCAGUUCUGGGGGACAGUCCAGGUGAUGCACCAGCUAAAUUACAAAUGCCACCCCCUUCUAGACCUCCGCACAUUAUCUUCAUCCUAACUGAUGACCAAGGGUUCCACGACAUUGGGUACCACGGCUCGGACAUACAAACUCCCACCCUGGACCGGCUGGCUGCUGAGGGGGUAAAGCUGGAGAAUUAUUACGUUCAGCCCAUCUGUACGCCGUCACGCAGUCAGCUUAUUACUGGCAGGUAUCAGAUCCACACUGGGUUGCAACAUUCCAUUAUACGACCACGACAACCCAACUGCUUACCCCUACAUCAGGUCACACUGCCCCAGAAACUACAGGAAGCCGGCUAUGCAACACACAUGGUGGGGAAGUGGCACUUGGGCUUUUACAAGAAAGAAUGCCUACCAACAAGACGUGGCUUUGACACCUUCCUUGGUUCUUUGACUGGCAAUGUGGACUAUUAUACCUACGACAACUGUGAUGGACCAGGAGUCUGUGGCUUUGAUCUGCAUGAGGGGGAGAAUGUGGCUUGGGAUCUUGCUGGCAAGUACUCCACAAUCAUGUAUUCCCAGCGUGUAAGUCACAUCUUGGCUUCCCAUAACCCCCAACAACCAGUAUUUUUAUACAUAUCCUUCCAGGCUGUGCACACUCCUCUACAGUCCCCUCGAGAGUAUAUAUACCAAUAUAGGAAUAUGGGCAAUGUAGCAAGGCGCAAGUAUGCUGCUAUGGUAACCUGCAUGGAUGCAGCUGUGAAAAACAUCACCCGGGCAUUGAAAAAGUAUGGUUACUAUGACAACAGCAUUAUCAUAUUCUCAUCAGACAAUGGUGGUCAGACAUUUUCUGGUGGAAGCAAUUGGCCUUUAAGGGGCCGCAAAGGAACAUACUGGGAGGGAGGCAUUAGGAGCUUGGGUUUUGUCCAUAGCCCCUUGAUAAAAAAGAAAAGAAGGACUAGUCGGACUUUGAUGCAUAUUACAGACUGGUAUCCCACCUUGGUGAAGUUGGCUGGAGGAAACAUUUCAGACACAGAAGGAUUGGAUGGCUAUGACAUGUGGUCAUCUAUCAGCGAAGGAAAGGAAUCGCCUCGGACUGAAAUUCUGCACAACAUUGAUCCUUUAUAUAACCUUGCCAGGUCCGGGUCUAUGGAAGAAGGUCAGGGAGUAUGGAAUACUGCUGUCCAGGCCUCUAUCAGAGUCAAAGAUUUUAAGUUGUUAACUGGAGAUCCAGGUUACAGUGAUUGGAUUCCACCCCAGACGCUCACCAACUUUCCUGGGACCUGGUGGAACUUAGAACGCCAUACAGAUGGAGCCCGUAAGUCUGUGUGGCUCUUCAAUAUCACUGCAGACCCUUACGAACGCCAUGACUUAUCUGCACAGAAGCCUGAAGUGGUCAAGGAGCUACUGGCACGCUUGGCUUUCUAUAACCGUAGUGCUAUUCCUGUGCGUUAUCCAAAUGAGGACCCGAGAGGUAAUCCAGAACUCAAUGGGGGUGCAUGGGGACCAUGGGCCAGUGAGGAAGAUGAGGAGGAAGAAGAAGAAAACUUGAUACGAGGUGGACAUUUAAAGAACAAGAAAAAGAAAUGCAAGAUUUGCAAGUUAAGAUCUUUCUUCAAAAAGCUGAACACACGUCUCAUGUCCAAUCGCAUCUAAAUAGCUAACGUAGCAACUAUUUUGACAUUUAGUGUGCACUAAGAGUCCAGGGAGUUUGGAUGUUUGUUUGUUUUGAAUUAAAAGUGGACUAAAACCAACAUAGAAUAACACAUUUGUGGACAACAGAAAAAAACGCUGAGCCAUUAUUGAACUGGCCAUACAAUAUGCAAUCUGGGCUGACUCUAAGGACGACACUUUCAUACGGUUGAGAUGCAUGUAACCAAAUAGACUGAAACUAGAAAUAUUAAAGGGAAAAUAUACACAUUUUUGACUACUUACCGUAAAGGAAUUGAAUAAUUAAAUACAAAUUGUUCCAGAA